AUGGUUACUUCUUCGAAACCCCCUUCAAUCAGUGAGGUGAUUGACUUGGUUGUCGCCCUCACCGAGGAGGCUCUUCGUUUAGAUAAAUUUUCAAAUUCUGGUGCUAACAAAAAUGAGAUUCAUGUGGAGUCUACAAGUGAUAACGAACGGAAGUUUUUGAACUUUAAGAAAAGCACCCGAGCAAACAAUGACAACUCGAAUGCUAGCAAGCGUAGGGAAGUGAACUCACCCCGUCGUACUAAAGCUUAUGUGGCAACCCACGAAACCAGGGGUAAAGGUUAUUUGGGUUCCAAGCCCAAAUGUGAUAGGUGUAAGCUUCAUCAUGUAGGCCGCACGAGCGUUAAGUGUGAAAAAUGUGGUAAGGAUGGGCAUAGCAAAGAAACAUGCUGGGUAGGAACGGGAAGGAGAAACACAAACCAUGGAGGAAAUGGUAACAACAAUCAGGGUGGAAAUGGCAAUGGCAACGGAAAUGGAGGAGGAAAUUGGCAAGGAUGCUACAACUGUGGAGACAUGGGGCAUUUUAAGAAAGAUUUCCCGAAGGAAAACCAAGCCCGUGGAAGAGUUUUUACGAUAGGAGCACGCAAGGCACGCCAGACCCGAAUGUAG